AUGAGUCACCAGCGCGUGUCGAGUAGAGUCACUCGCUCAGGUUACCGGAGGCAGUGAUCUCUUUCUUCACCUCCAAUGGAACAGCCAGUACCCCUUCCCCGAGAGCUCUCAGACUUCAUCCCAGCUGACAUAUAUGAGCUCAUAAUCUCUUUCCUGAAUCACGACCCUGUUACUCUGAAAUUCUGCAGUCUUACCUGCAAAUCAUGGCUUUGGCCAAGCUGGAAAACACUAUUCCAGUCACGCACCAUCCAUAUCCAUCGCAAAAAUAUCGACGACUUCUUAAAGCUUAUCAAUCUCAAUGCCCACACCAUAACAAUCAUUCGCUUCAUACAACACCUGCACAUCGAGCAAGGCGGCUCGAAACGUUUACCCGUGUCCUGGCAGCUGCCAUGGGGUAUACAAGAGUCGGGCGACUACGAGAUCUUCCAAUUCGACGAUUUCCUUCAUUUGUUUACUGGGCUUACGGCGGUCAAAACAUUGAAGCUUGGAUGGAUACGCUGCGAUACAAGUAAGAGCACUUCGGAUGCACUUCGGGGCAAUUUUGGCAGUGUCACCACGUUGGACCUGGACUCUGUGAUUCUAUCAUCUUCGGACCACUUUUUUGAUAUCUUGGGCGCGUUCCCACUACUAUCUAGCCUUUCUUUGACUGGUGUUCUCUUUAACGGCGGACGUCUUUACGACGGUCUGGAUAAUUGGGACGAAUUGGAUGCUCGACGGACAGUUCUGGAGUACACUCCUCCACCUCCGUCUAGUUUGAACGAACUCUACACAAACGUUACAGAAGACGUUUCGGAGUUCCUCUUUUCUUGGAUGACCUAUCACCAUAUUCCUCUCCCGAUGCGGAGUCUCUCCACUGGGUUAUUCAGCGAAUCUUCUAAUGCUGCAUUAUCCAAAUUCCUCUUUCAUUCAGGCUCAACACUCGAGAAUAUUACGAGGCUGUAGUUUACGGAAGUAUCGUCCUUAUGUA